AUGGACCCAUUGGAUCAAGUUCUACUAUCCUACAUACAGUCACUGCAUGUUGAACCGCUCGCAACUUCUCGAAAAGUCAAUCUUCCAAAAUUCGAUGUCAAAUCACUUGAAUUUUCAUGUUCAAGGGCACUAGAUGAGUUAUUGCCAAAUAUUGAUAUUCAGCAUGUGCAGUCUAUUCACGUCAAAUUGCAGUUUCUAUACUCCAUAUACGAAAGGAACUAUACCAGGUGGCUAGAAACUGUGAAGAAGCAUCAAUUGUUGGUGGUGAAGUUAUUUGAAAUGAAGCAGUACGAUAUGGUGUACGAUCAAUUGGAAAACACGUAUCAACAGAUAGCAACACGAUUGAAUUGUUCCGUCAACAAGAUUGAUCUAUCAGCUUUGGUGAAUGGGAUUCCGGUUGUUGACUGUGACCCACAGUUGACUCAACUUAUCAUAGCAUACCAUUUUUUCACCCUCCAAUGGCUUGCACACAGUCUUGCAAAAAACAAUUUGACGAAGGCUGAAAGAAUCGAGAUAAUACCAGGUAUACCUGCUUUGUUUCUCACAACGAGUAAUCAAAGACUUUGGAUAAACAAAGCACCUCUGAAUGAAAAGUAUACGUCAAAUUGUAUUAAAUUGAUCAAGGCAUUUGCCAAAGUGUUAGGGAAACAAAAAAUGCAGUUCAAGUUAGAACUCAACUGUUUAAAGGUCAAAUUGAUGGAAUUUACUGGAGAUAAUGACAUGGAAAGCUUGGAUAUGCUACCUGGGAUGGAAAGAUUUAUACGGGAUACAAAAUGCAUAGGAUCUGAGUAUUUGCAAAAGUCGAUGCACUUGGAUUUAAAACAAGCAGAGGUAGUAAGAUUGGCGAACUGUGUUUCAAAAACAAAGAGCUCUUCAAAAUCAUCGCAUGACAUUCCAUCUACAUCAAAAGUAACGGAUUACGACUCAAUCAAGUCAACUCUUGACACUUUCACAGAUUUACAAGAGGUUGAUUUGCCAAUUCACCGCCUACUUUUGCUUGACUCGGUUACGUUGUUUUGUCAGGCGAAUUUAAGUCCCCACUUGGUACCCAUUCUCGAACAAUUGUACCAAAUUUUCAAAUGCCACGCCCAGUAUAAGAGAAUUCGCAAUGUAUCAAACUUAUUGUUCAAAUUGGGAAACAAAACCAAUGAUAUUUAUCUAUUGGAAUUGGCCAUCAAUUAUGAGUUCACAAUCUUGCAGCAUCAAUCAUCGGACAAAAAUUUUGAACUCUUAGUGGGGAAAUUAAAACUCAUUCAUCAAUAUAGUCCAGAAAUGAUGAAAGUGUUACUAAAAGCAUGCGAGUUGUCUUCCAAAAUUGACUCAAUCACAAUCGAGUUACUUGUGGAAAUGUUACAGAGCAACGUUGAACUUGUGGAGUGCAUGAAUGAAGUCGACGAACAAUUUCGUUUCAACUUGGUGAUCAAGCUAAUCGAGAAUAUGGGCAAUUGUAAGACACAGAAAAUGCUAGUAUGCAAUUCACUCGUGGAAAAGGUCACUUUCCUUAAUGACAAAUUGACACUGCAGGUACAAAUAAGUUACUACAAUGUUGCUGGAAUCGAACAUUUAAACUUGAAGGCGCCAAAGAAUUGCACUUUGCUUGCAUUUGUUGGCAUCGAAAUGGCCAAAAUGUGUGGUAAAGAUUGGAGCAAAGAAGUGUUGUUUCGUGUUUGUGAAAAACUUGAACAUUGGGCCCUGCACUUUUACGAAAUUGAGGAAUUUGAGGUAUCGAUAGUUAAAAAUGCCAUAUUGUUUCUUGAAUUCAACGGAUUGUACUCGGAAGUCAAGGAGAUUACUAAAAACUUGGUACAAGUUCCAAUACUUCACGACCACCUCAAGAUUUUCUUACAUUUCCAUUUGUGUCAUGUGUCUGAAAAGUUAUCCAUGCAUUCAUGUUGGGGGGAUUCAAUUUACCAGCUUCAGCAAUUGAUUAGUCUGACUAAAUACCUUCAGUUCCAGGAUGUAGUUAAUUACAAGAUGGAGAGCAUCAAGUACCACAUCGCCCACGAUUUCGCCACCUCACAAGCCAAAUUCAAAUCAUUAGUGGCAGUUCUCAAGGAAAGACCUGAAUUCAACCCCUCCCUGUCAAAAUCAUUACCUAUUUUGGACAAGUUGAGAAAUUUCCUUCUAUUGGCGAAAGUCCAGCUUCUUGCAGCACGAAUGAAGACCAAGGAUCGCGUCGGCUCACAUUCGUGUAUCAAAAAAGCAAUGAGAAUACUUUACUUGAUUUCAAAAAAAUGUCCUUCUUAUUUGAACAUCUCGGUGGCAAAUGAACUUAUUUGGGAAACGAAUCAUUUAUUGUUUGAUCUGUAUGAGCUUGCCAUUAACUCGUUGAUUGGUCUUGGCCUCUCAAGAAACUUGCCCGCUUACUUGAAUGAAUGGAAAAAGCUAAACGAUCUGGUGGAAGCACCAUUGAUUAAUCAAGUAAAUAAAUACAAGAUUCAAAUUUUCGGAAUGCUCCUGAAUUCGGAUAAAUUCGUGGACGAAGCUGAAGAUGAUCAAGAGUUUGUCAAGUCAAAUCCCAGUGUACGUCAACUCAAGUUCAUAAUGGAAUCAUUACGCGACAAACAUGACAUAAAAACCUCAUUACAUGAUGAGAAUCAUCAUCCCACGUUGCAACUUUCCCCAUACUUCCUGUAUAUAAACUUGCCUGAUGAUCUUCAACAACUUGAGGAUUCCUUUACUUGUUGCAUUCGCCAAUUGAAUGAUUUCAAAACGUUUGGUUCAUUUCCUGACCAUGUUCAGAUGUUUCCAUCAAUCACCAAUGGUGAGGUUACAUUACAUCCAGAUGCUCUGAAAAUAUUCAUUGAGUUGGGCAGAAUCAAGGAUUGCUUAUUAACAAAAUUACAACAUACGGAAUCUAGUAUCUUUGAACAGAAAAGACGACUUUAUUUAUUAUCACAAUGCACUCACUUGAUAUCUUCAAUCAGCGCUUAUCGCGGAAAGGACUUAUUGUAUCAGUUGUAUUUCAUUCAAGAUCGGAUCAAGUCAAGACCAUUUGCUGAUAAUAAAAGGCUCGCGACAUUGGAGGAGAAGGAGCUUGCCCCAGAUGUUCACGAAGAAGAACCUGUGCCUUAUGAUCAACAAUUAAGCCAAUUCAAGAUUGCUUUGAGCAUGUUACCACCCAACUGGAAUGUUGUUACUAUUGAUAUUUGUGAACGCACUGGAGACUUGUUGAUUUCGAAAAUACGAGCUGGAAAUCUCCCCACUUUUAUACGUCUUUCAGUGACAAGAUUUAAACAACGUGAGUCGGUCGGAACCUUAAGGUUUGACGAAAUGAAGAGAGAAUUUAAGAGAAUAUUCCAAGAAAAUCGAAAGUCGACUCUUUACUCAACCACAUCGUUAGUAAAGACUACUCAGGAUCGCAAAAAAUGGUGGAAAACAAGAUUUACUUUAGAUUAUGAAUUGCAAGACCUUAUACUGCAUGUUGAGAGGUUUUGGUUUGGUGGGUUUCGUGGUAUUUUUGAACCGGUUGGAUCAACUUUUGGAGAAUUUAGACUCGAUUUGAUAAAGAUCUUGAGGAGCCAUAUAUCUGAAAAGAUUGAACAUUCCAUAUCGUUGAAUGAGGUCGUAUACGAAUGCUUUUACGGAUUGGAAAGUUAUGAUCGCGCAUGUAUUGACGACCUAUUAGCAUUUUUGAUGGAAAUUUUGAGCUUCCAUUUGGAUGUUGAAGCCACACGUGUCAAUUUUGAAAAGUUGCACGAAUCAAUUGCUAGCUUGAUUGAUAAGUGUCAGAAUAGGCAAUCGUCGGACCACAUUGUGUUGAUCCCGAGUGCCCGUUGCUCAUUCUUUCCCUGGGAAUCUUUGCUGUUUCUAAGAAGUAAAUCUGUCUGCCGGAUGCCUAGCGUAUCCAUGCUUGUGGAUGCAUUGAACCAGCAAUCUCGAGUGAAAAAGAACGAGGUUUACUACCUAAUUAACCCCGGUGGCGAUUUGAAAACCAGUGAGCAAAGAUUCCAACCUGUAAUUGAAAAAUGCAAAACGUGGAAAGGGUUGGCCGGUGUCAAGCCCAAUGAGGAAAAAAUUGUCGAUGAUAUACUUGACUCCAAGUUGUUUGUUUACAUUGGACAUGGUGGUUGUGACCAGUAUGUCAAGCCAAGUGCCUUAUUUUUGGCAACGAAACAUACUCAUUUACCCCCAUGUUUAUUAAUUGGUUGUUCUUCAGGUGAAUUACAAGAUCAUGGACGUUUUGAACCACUGGGUGGCAUAUUCAAUUGGCUAAAUUGUGGAUCGCCUCUUGUGCUUGCUAAUCUAUGGGACGUUACUGACAAGGACAUUGAUGCAUUCACAUUAUCGAUGUUUAGCAAAUGGGGACUCAUUGAUGAAGACGGAGAAAAGAUCAAUAUUGCUGAAGCCGUAAGAUUGAGUAGAGAGGUGUGUAUACUCAAGUAUUUGAAUGGUUCAGCUCCAAUCAUCUAUGGUUUGCCGUUGAUGACAAGUUAA